UUACAGGUUCAUACAUCGACUCUGAGCAACGACCCUGCAUUUUUGAGUCUCUUAAUAUUGAGAGAGAAGGUGCAUAUCGUCGUAGUUUCCUUUUCUACCGCCAAUUAAUACCGUCUUUGUGGGCUCAUCUCGGCGACCUCAGGUUUUAAUUUUUUUUUCUUAUAAAAAAAACUAAAAAAAAACUCUGCCGUACUACUGCCUUAUCUCGCCUCAUCUUUCUCUUCUUCUGAACUCGUUCGUUCUUUUGAGAGAGAAUUAAUCGGCUGGGUUCCGUACGAGAAAAUUUUCUUCGGCAAACACAUAUACAAACGUACAUCAAACUAUUGCAUCUACCAUCUGUCAAACGACACGUCAAUAUGGCUGAUCAACUUAACAUGGGCGGCUUGAGCCUGGGCGACCAGCAGCAGGCUUCGGCUCCUCGCUCUUACAUCCCGCCUCACAUGCGAGGCAAGGUUGGUGGCCCUGCUAACGGUCCCGUGGGCGCUGGCGGUCCUCCUCCUAACAUGAACGGUCUCAACAGCAGUGCGUGGGCUGGUAACAACAGCUUCGAUGCUAGACCCGCUCCUGGUGGAUGGGGAGCCGGUCCCGACUACCCUCCUCCUCAACAGCAGCAACCGCCGCCGCAGCAGCAGCAGCAGCAGCAACCGCGUCAAAAUUGGAAUAACCGACAAUUCGACCGUAAUGCUUAUGGCAACCCUGCUACUGGUGGAGGCAGCGGUGGUGGAGGCGGCGGCGGUUACGCUCGAGGUUCUGGUGAUGGACAAUGGCGCGACGGCAAGCACAUUCCUGGCCCCCCGAACCCCCGCAUGGAGCGUGAGUUAUUCGGUACCCCGGAUGACCCUUCCAAGCAGCACACUGGUAUCAACUUCGAGAAGUACGAUGACAUCCCAGUCGAGGCUUCUGGCCAUGACGUUCCCGAGCCGGUUCUUACUUUCAGCAACCCCCCGCUGGAUGACCACCUAAUCCGCAACAUCGAGCUUGCUCACUACAAAGUUCCUACCCCCGUUCAGAAGUACUCGAUCCCCAUUGUUAUGGGUGGACGAGAUCUGAUGGCUUGUGCCCAGACUGGUUCUGGAAAGACUGGUGGUUUCCUUUUCCCCAUCCUCUCUCAGGCUUUCCUUACCGGCCCUUCUCCCGUGCCUGCCGGCGCCCCCGGUGGUGGUUACGGUCGUCAGCGCAAGGCUUAUCCCACGUCUCUUAUUCUUGCUCCAACUCGUGAACUGGUCUCUCAGAUUUACGACGAAGCUCGCAAAUUUGCCUAUCGAUCCUGGGUCCGACCCUGCGUGGUGUACGGUGGUGCUGACAUAGGCUCCCAGCUUCGCCAGAUUGAGCGUGGCUGCGAUCUCCUGGUUGCUACACCUGGUCGUCUUGUCGAUCUCAUCGAGCGAGGUCGCAUCUCUCUCCAAAACAUCAAGUAUCUGGUUCUCGAUGAGGCCGAUCGUAUGCUGGAUAUGGGUUUCGAGCCUCAGAUUCGUCGCAUUGUUGAAGGCGAAGAUAUGCCUGGUGUCCAGAACCGACAAACUCUUAUGUUUUCGGCCACCUUCCCGCGAGAUAUUCAGAUGCUUGCUCGUGAUUUCCUCAAGGAUUACGUGUUCCUUUCAGUUGGACGUGUGGGUUCUACCUCUGAGAACAUCACCCAGAAGGUCGAAUAUGUUGAGGACACCGACAAGCGUUCUGUCCUACUAGAUAUUUUACACACUCACGGCGGCGGUCUCACCCUAAUCUUUGUCGAGACAAAGCGCAUGGCAGACUCUCUGUCUGACUUCUUAAUCAACCAGAACUUCCCCGCCACGUCGAUCCACGGUGACCGUACACAGCGCGAACGUGAACGUGCUUUGGAAAUGUUCCGAAAUGGACGAUGUCCUAUCCUAGUUGCUACUGCUGUUGCUGCACGUGGCUUGGAUAUUCCUAACGUUACCCACGUCGUCAACUACGAUCUUCCUACUGAUAUUGAUGACUAUGUCCACCGAAUUGGUCGUACUGGUCGUGCGGGUAAUACAGGUCACUCGACAGCAUUCUUCAACCGGGGUAACCGGGGUGUGGUACGAGAUCUUAUUGAGCUCUUGAAGGAGGCGAACCAAGAGGUUCCUGCUUUCCUUGAGACCAUUGCUCGGGAAAGCUCCUACGGCGGUGGCCGUGGUGGACGAUCUGGUGGUGGCCGCGGCCGUGGCCAGAGUGCAAACCGUGAUUUCCGAAAAUUCGGAGGUGGUGGCGGCGGCGGCGGUGGUUUCAACGGCAGCAGCGGCGGUGGUGGCGGCUUCGGUGGCCCUCAGCAGUCCAGCGGCUACGGUGGUGGCAGUGGUAGUGGUUACAAUGCUCCUCCCAGCCAAGGUUAUGGCGGCGGCUACAGCGGUGGCGGCCCAGGCUAUGGUGGUGGUAGCUACGGCAACCCUGGCGGGCCAGGCGGCCAGGCUUCCUGGUGGUAAACUGAUGAUAUCGACAGGCGCGCCGACAUAUUCCCUCUAUUCCGCAAACCGCAUGCGGAGACGGAAUGGGCACAUUUGCAACGCGGUACAUAGAUUUCACGGACUCAUAUUCUGUUUUCUUUUUCAUGUUCUCAAUCGAGUUACGCAAGGUCUUUUUUCUUUUCUUUUUUUUUUUUACUCGACAUUUCGACACUUCCCUCGACAUACUCCUUUCUAC